AUGGCAAAGUUUAAUUUUCUUCUUUUGGCCAGUUGGGCCGCCAAGUUGGCUGCGGCCAAGGAUGUCUACCUGGAUUGGAACGUCACUUGGGUCAAUGCCUCUCCGGAUGGCUUUGAGCGCCCGGUGAUUGGAAUCAAUGGUCAAUGGCCCUGUCCACAGAUCGACGUGGACGUUGGUGAUCGUCUGAUUGUGGAUGUGCAAAACCACCUAGGGAACCAGUCUACCGGCAUUCACUGGCAUGGAUUCCACCAGUAUGGUACUGGUGUCAUGGAUGGAGCCACUUCUGUUACCCAGUGUGGAAUUCCUCCGGGGGAGCACAUGCAGUAUCACUUCGACAUUAACCAAACUGGAACAUACUGGUACCACUCGCACAACAUGGGCCAGUAUCCCGAUGGAUUCCGCGGCGCCCUGAUUGUUCACGACCCCAAGCCACCAUUCCAAUACGAUGAUGAGUUCACCAUCACCUUGAGUGAUUGGUAUCAUGACCAGAUGCCAGACCUGCUCGCCAAGUACCAGUCAAAAGAAAACGAGGCAGCUUUCCACGGCCAAGAACCACUCCCCAAUUCGGCAUUGAUCAAUGAUUCUACCAACACCAAGAUCAAGGUAAAGCCUAACAGAACGUACUUGGUGCACAUCAUUUGCGUUGGCAAUUGGCCAGGCCAUACCUGGGUCAUUGAUGGUCAUGAGAUGACCGUGGUUGAAGUAGACGGUGUAUACACCGAGCCUUAUGCUACCGGUGACAAAAAGCUUCGUCUUGCUACUGGACAGCGGACGAGCGUUCUCAUCCACACCAAGUCCGACACCAGCAAAAACUUUGCUAUUUGGGACAGCAUGGAUGUCAACAUGAUGUUCUUCAAUGAGGACCGGGCCAUCCCAGCGGGCUACAACCCCAAUGUCACCGCAUGGCUUGUAUAUGACGAGGCAAAGCCUCUUCCCCCGGCACCUGUUAUUGCGGAGUUGGACUUCGCGGAUGACGUUGCUUUCAUUCCCGCUGACCGCGAAGCUCUGCUUGAACCGGUCAAUCACCAGAUCAUUCUGGAUACAUCCUCCGCUGAAAUCAACGGCAUGCCUCGCUUCACUAUCAACAAUCAGACCUACCUGCCGCAGGAUGUGCCUACCCUCUACACUGCCAACACAGUGGGUCCGGAGUAUGCGUCAAACCCUGCAGUAUACGGUCAGGUUAACCCCUUUGUGGUGAAGCACAAUGAAGUUGUUGAGCUCGUUAUCAACAACCACCACAACAACUUGCACCCAUGGCAUUUGCAUGGCCACCAGUUCCAGGUUCUGCAGCGACCCGAUUAUGGCUUCUUCACCGGACAGUACUUCAAAAAUGUCUCGAAGACACCUAUCCGUCGUGAUACAAUCAUGGUUCAACCUCAGUCACACACCGUUCUGCGAUUCCGGGCUGAUAACCCUGGUGUGUGGCUGCUCCACUGCCACGUCGAAUGGCAUGUUGAGGCUGGUCUAAUGGCAACUAUCAUUGAGGCUCCCGAGACUUUCCCUCAGUCGGAGAACCCCCCGCCUAAGAGCCACUACAACGUGUGCGCCGCGUACCCGAAUCCCACUAGCGGAAACGCUGGUGGCAAGAAGGGUCUGGAUAUGUCGGGUUUCAAUACCCAAGUUCCCACUGAAGAUCACGGUGCUAUGUAUCCCGAGCCAGCUAAGGCCGCACCAGCUACUUCCCAGACUACUAAGGUUCAAGGGUCCGGAGCUCACAAGCCCGCUCCCCCAGCCCCGGCUCCCCAAGCUCCAGCCCCAGCUCCCCAUGUUAAAGCGGCAGCUCCUCAUGGGAAGGCACCAGCUCCUCAUGGUAAGGCACCAGCUCCCCAUGCUCCGGCUCCCCAAGUGGCUCCCGAAUAUCCUGCCCCUCACCCUGUGGAGACUAUUCCCGAGUACUCUCCCCCUCACGAUGAGCCCAUCUACGCUCAGGAGCACGACUCCAAGGGUCCAUGGCCUCAGUCCGAUGUUGACCAGAGCCACGGCCAAAUUGGCGAUGGGUCAGAUGGUCGCCCUCCUACCUACGGGCACACCGAAGACACCAAGGGACCAUGGCCUAACUCUCAAACUGAUGUGUCCCAAGCUCAAGUUCCUGACGGUGACGGCAAGCCUAUCGUCGCUCACACUGAUGAUACGAAGGGUCCCUGGCCUAAUUCCCAAGAGAACAACGAAUAUGUUCAGGAUGGGGACGAUGUCAUCCACCCUGCACCCGACUCUGGUCCCAAUGACCUGCCCAAGGACUUCCAGUACUGGGGACAGUACACGCAAUAG